UGCUUAAGUGCUGAACAUAGAGUCUGGCUUCAGCGAGUGGAACCAAAGAGAAGAUGAGUGGAGAAGCUACAAUGGAUUCAGGAGAGAAGCGACUCAACGAGCUUGGUUAUAAGCAAGAACUCAGACGUGAAAUGACUAUGUUCAAAACUCUGGCAAUAUCCUUCUCAACGAUGACCCUUUUCACUGGAAUCACUCCUCUCUAUGGUUCUAGCCUGCAAUAUGCAGGCCCUGCAACUCUUGUUUGGGGCUGGAUUGUGGUUUGUUUCUUCACCUGGUUCGUUGGAAUCGCCAUGGCUGAAAUAUGCUCUUCCUUCCCGACAACUGGUUCGCUGUACUUCUGGGCUGCACAUUUAGCAGGACCCAAAUGGGGACCAUUUGCCUCAUGGUGCUGUGCUUGGCUUGAAACCAUAGGGCUUAUUGCUGGGAUUGGAACCCAGGCAUAUGCAGGAUCACAAACUUUGCAGAGUAUAAUCCUACUUUGCACAGGCACAAAUAAAGGUGGAGGUUACUUCGCUCCAAAAUGGCUUUUCUUGUGCAUGUACAUUGGCCUCACUGUUAUAUGGGCAGCUCUGAACACAUUUGCAUUGGAAGUUAUUGCCUUGAUCGACAUGAUUUCAAUAUGGUGGCAGGUGAUAGGUGGGACAGUGAUAGUCAUAAUGUUGCCAAUGGUGGCACUAACUAGGAAAUCUGCUUCUUAUGUGUUCACACAUUUUGAAGUGGGAUCAGAAUCAACAGGAGUAUCAAGCAAACCUUAUGCAGUGAUUCUGUCAUUCCUUGUGAGUCAGUAUUCCCUAUAUGGAUAUGAUGCUGCAGCACACCUUACUGAAGAAACCAAAGGAGCAGAUAAGAAUGGACCUAUAGCAAUUCUAGGCAGCAUUGGGAUCAUUUCUGUGUUUGGAUGGGCUUACAUUUUGGCUCUCACGUUUAGCAUUCAGGAUUUUGGUUAUCUUUAUGAUCCAACCAAUGAGACAGCAGGAGCAUUUGUGCCAGCACAAAUACUGUAUGAUGCAUUUCAUGGAAGAUAUGGCAAUUCCACAGGAGCAAUCAUUUUACUAUUUGUCAUAUGGGGCUCGUUCUUCUUUGGCGGGCUUUCAAUCACCACUAGUGCAGCCAGAGUGGUUUAUGCUCUGUCAAGAGACAAGGGUGUUCCAUUUUCAAAUCUAUGGAGAAAGCUACACCCAAAGCACAAAGUUCCGGCGAACGCCGUGUGGCUCUGUGCAGCAAUCUGCAUUCUUCUGGGAAUCCCAAUUCUGAAAGUGAAUGUAGUCUUUACUGCCAUAACUUCAAUAUGUACUGUAGGAUGGGUUGGUGGGUAUGCAGUUCCAAUACUUUCAAGAAUGGUUAUGUCUGAGAAGAACUUCAAGCCAGGGCCUUUUUACUUAGGCAGAGCAAGAAGACCAAUCUGCUUAGUAGCAUUUCUGUGGAUUUGUUACACUUGUUCUGUUUUCCUCUUGCCCACUUUGUAUCCUGUUACAUGGGAAACUUUCAACUAUGCACCUGUUGCUUUAGGGGUGGGUUUGGGUCUAAUAUUGCUCUGGUGGCUGUUGGACGCAAGAAAAUGGUUUAAGGGACCUGUUAGGAAUAUUGAUGUUCAGAAUGGUAAGGUCUAAUAAUUCUUCUGACCAAGUCUAUCAAGGUUAGGUGAUGGAAUACGCUUUAAUUAUAUGCUCUUCAUUAACACAGACGCACACACUUUCUU